AUGAAUCGAAUUCCAACUAUUGGCCUUGGAACAUGGAAAUCUCCAAGAUCUGAAGAUCUUGUUAAUGCUAUUACUUAUGCCAUCAAAGAAGCUGGCUAUGUUCAUAUAGAUUGCGCCUUGUGUUAUGAAAAUGAGGAUAUUGUUGGACAAGCACUUCAGCAAUGCUGGGACAGCGGCAUAAAACGCGAAAACAUUUGGAUUACAUCCAAAUUAUGGAACACACAUCAUCGCCUUGAGAUUGUUGAAGAAGCAUGCAGAAAAACACUUAAAGAUUUACGUCUUGAUUACCUUGAUCUCUACUUAAUGCAUUAUCCGUUUGCAUUCCAGAACACUGGAAUUGGCGGUAGCCUUAAUCCUUUAGAUGAAAAAGGAAAUACAAUUUUUGAUGACGGAGUCUCCUUAAUUGAUACAUGGAAAGCAAUGGAGAAGCUUGUAGAGAAAGGUUUAGUAAAGAGAAUUGGCGUUUCAAACUGGACAAUCAAUCAGCUCGAAAGAUUGAAAUAUUCCGACGCAAAAACAACACCCUACACAAACCAAGUUGAAUUCAACUUAUACAUGCAACAAGGUCCACUCAGAGAAUACAUGCAUAAAGAAGGAAUUAUCGUUACAGGUUAUUCUACUCUUGGUACACCAGACUGGGCUAAACCUGAUGAGCCAGUUGUCCUUAAAGAUGAAGAAUUAAAUAAGAUUGCUGCUGAGACAGGUAAAUCAGUUGGUGAGGUUGAAUUAAAGUUCCUUCUUACUAUUGAACCUGGAGCUUCUUUACUUGCAAAGAGUGUUACUCCAGAGAGAAUUUACAAGAAUAAUCAUUUGGACUUUGAGUUAACAAAAGACCAAAUCCAAAGGCUUCGCAAUCGUGAAAGAUUCUAUCGCUAUGUUGAUCCAAGGAAGACUUGGAAGCGCGAUGGAAAUGGUGAUGGAUGGUAA